AUGGACAGACAAACUGUAGAAAAUUUGCCUUAUUGUAAAGAGUUGUGGUUCUUAAUAUCCGAUACGGUAUGCCGAUGCGAGAAACAACUCGUUGAGGAUGAAAUUAAAAAGGAGACAAAACUGCUCAAAGAGGGUCUCUUAUUCUUCAAGCCUUACACAGAAAGCUCUCUAGAGAAUAUACCAAAAAAUGAUCCUUCUCCUCGAAUGUACGAAUUAAUUAGCAAACUUGCUCCUCUCUUGAAUUUAGAUGCUACUCUUACAUGGGAUCUAGUUUGUAAUUUCAUAAAGUAUGAAUAUCGCAAUUGCACAGAAACCUUUGCAUCUCAGCUCAUAGAUUUCACCUCAAUGAAAGCAUUGAUAGAUGAUAUUUGGGAUUUUUAUUAUUCAGAAAGAAUGACAUUGAUAAAGUGCCUUAAACUUAUGGUAGAAUACAAAGACAAGGAACAUCGUUAUCAGAAGGAAUUUACAAAAUUUUUUGAUGACAUUUUAUUUGGAACGCUUCUUGAAUCUAUCAGAAAGCAGAUAGAAAUGUUGAAGACUAUGAAUCCACCUGUUAAAUCGCAGCUGUGUACAGAGGAGUAUUUGCACAGGCUGUACAACAGUAGUCUCGUCGAAAUGCGGGAGUUACUUCAUAUAUUGACAGUCAUUAUUCAUGAUAUACAUAUCGCCGAUACUGAAUUUAUGAAAUUAUAUGAAAGUACCGGGGGAGAACCGAGACGCUUGGCGAGUACGAAAAGUCACGAGGACAAAAAAGCAAUUGCCAGGAAAAUCAAAGAUAUUCAUCGUAGCCAAGCGGCUUUAUUUUUAGUAGCAUUAGAUGUAAGAAAACACACCGACAUGGAAGAUUGGGUGCAGAGCGUAAGAAAAAGUAUACAAGAAACCUUCGAACAAAAAUGUAUUCGCGAUAAUUCUCCGCAGGAUAGUCCCCUUUUUCUAUCAUGGAUGUUAGCGAACUACGCUAUCGAACCUGACAAUGUCGAUACGAUGAAUCGAUUUCGGCCAUUUGGUAUUAAAGCCAUACAGCUUAACGUUUUUCAUUACCUGCAAGACUUGAUGAACAGCGAAAUGAUUUGCGAGAAAACUCAUUACGCGGAGGUUGUGCAUAGCAGCGUGUACAAUCUUCUUACCUUGGUGUGCGCUUUUGUCGGCGAGGAUAAACUCAGCGUUCUGAACGGCAUUUUCGAUGCUGUGGCCGCUACGAUACAGUUUCCCGAAACUGCAGCCCGAUUUUGGCAAGAUCGCGACGAGGGAUUGUUGUUGAUCUACAAAUUUGCUGUCGAACAAUUUCCGUACGAGUUCGAGCCUCUGACGAAUAUCGCGAUCGGACUGGCAAGCGCCUCCGAAUCGAGUGCCGAAAAAAUUGCCGUAGAGUUGGAAAAUUUACAGUCGUUAACGCUGGAGGUGCCGCGUCAACGAGAUCACAACAAACCGUUGAAACCUUACGAACAGGAAUGUGUCAUUCACAAAAACUCAUACACAAUAUCGGAAGAUUCUGUCCGCGAGAAUAUACGCAUACUGUCAAGUGAUCGGGAAGUGGUAAUAUUUCGGGAAAAAGCGAGCUACUGGGACGCUUUGCAUCACAAGAUAGAACAACUGUUUUCACAGGCUGGUGGCAGAAUUACAAGCGACACUGAAAUGAAUAAAAAUCUGCCCGAGAACGUUUCACAGGGCUUAAAGCUGCUGAAAACACUGGCUAAAUGUAUAGGAAUACGGCAGACUAUGGUUAUUCCGACGGAAUUAAGUUUCGAAAUUAUCAAUAGAUUUUCUUACCCAGUAUUACCCGAAGACAAAAUGUACAUAUACAAGAUAGUUGCAGCGUGUAUCAGUAUCUCCUCCGAACUAGUUCUCGAGUACCCCGAAGAAAUUCUUGCCCGAAUGCGUGCGGGCGUUUAUCCGAGAUUCAAUAACCGUUACCAAAAGACACUGGACUUCGCGGAAGCGGUUUCUUUCGAUGGCGGUAUAAUUGCAUCCUGGCUGUCCGCCAUAGAAACGAUCUCUCAUUCGUAUCCGAUUUUGAAUGCGUAUCUGGAUAUCUUAUCGAAAUAUUUAAUCAGAAAAUACAACGAAGAAGCUUUGUACACGGUCGAAAUACCUGGAAUGGUGUUUUUACUCCAAGGAGUUUUACCGAAAUUGGAUUCCUGGUAUUUCGAUUCGGACGCUGAAAGGACCGACCUAUGGCUGAAAAGUAUGUUUUGCCUUCACAGAGCGCUCGAAACUAGUCUGCCGAAAGAAGAUAUCCGAAAUGAAUUGCAGCUUGUCGUCGCCUAUAGUCUACUGUAUUUGGAACCAAGACACGCGUUGCUGAAAUUGAUCCGCACCGGUGAGCGUACUCUGCACAAUAAAAUGAUGGCAGAAACAGAUUGGAUUCGGGGAAACGGAUUCAAGGCGAUCAAAAGCGUACAGCUGGCCCUGUCGGUGGUAAAUAGAUUAUUGAUAUUCCGAAAAUCGUUGGGUCUAGAGACUGGAGACAGAUCACCGCUGGAAGCCGCCCUGUAUUCGUCGCCUCGCGUGCCUAAUGGUCUUCUGAUAGUACCUACGAUCGUUAGUUACCUUUACGUAUGGUUCAGCCCGCCGUUGCAAGCGAUGGCUGUUAGGCUGUUGAAAAAGUUUGCUGAAGGAUCGUCGAUGUCUCUGCUCGUCUGCAUGGGAAUGGACGGUACAGCUAUACGGGAAACUUUCGCGUCUCGUAGAGGACUCAUGUCACCGACUUGUGUUGCGGACGUUAAAGUGGCCAUUCUUGAAUUGGUCGCGAUUUGUCUGGAAAAGCAACCUGGAUUAACGGAAGCUCUCUUUAAUAUCGUACAUCCGGCAGAGUGCAACCGAAUUUUCCCCCGUUCGGUCGAGGAAUUCUUCACGGAAGGAUGUCGACAAUUUUUAGACAAAUAUUUGAAUCGGAUCUACGAGAAGGAGGACAUCGUGCGCGACAAAUUGUACAAUAGCACGAUGGCACUGCUGCGAGCGAUGUGGUAUCAUAGAAACGAGAUUCUCGUGAAUUUCUUUCGAAAACGAGAAAAGUUCUGGACUCACUUGUUUGCCCCACUUUUCCGCGAUCUAGUACCGGGGGCGAAAGGCUACUCUCAUCUGUUGGAUAUUAUCACGUUGGAGUUGUUCAAGAACUCUUUGCUCGAAGACGAUUUUUCCAUGAAUCUGAGAAAACUUAUGGACAAGUCGAAAAAUUACUGGAAGAAGUUAGCAAUCUAUAUACUAGAAGAUGUACAGUCGGUCGACGAAAUAUCGAAGAGUUACGAAAAACAGGACAGCAGUAUCGUUGGUUCGUUAUACGAGACCAAUUUGGAGUCUUGGUACAAUUUCAUCGUCACGUUAACAGAUGAAAGGAUCGCGAGUAAUUAUCCUGUGAACGUGAUUCAAGCGCAGUUAAUAACGCAACGCUCUUUAGAAUCGCUUGUGGAACGAGUGAAACAAUCACACGACCUAAGCGGUCGAAAAGUUACGAUGUUAUUAGCUUCGUUGUCUCUUCGAUGCAUCACCUCUUGGAAACAGAUGUGCGUGGACGACUCGAGAAUUUUCAAAUCGGGAUUGACGCAGUUGAUGCAAGAGAUCGGACAAGCCUAUCGCAGCUACGGGAAGUCGCUGCGUCAGACACUAAUGUCUUUGCUCCUCGGAUGUGUACAGUGCGUGAAAAGCACGUUGCGCGAGGAUGCGACGAGUCUCGAGUAUCUUUUAGCGCAUUCGUGCACAAUCGCCGCGAGCGAGUUAGAAGAAUUAAAGGAAGCUGCGAUACAGUUUGAGAAACGGAAGCAGCAGCAGCCGAUCGUGCGAACAGUCGACGACAAGGGAACGAUCGGUAGCGUGAACGCGCAGAAAAACGCUGACGAGAGAAACGCGGAGACCCUUCGUGGAAUACGGGAGAGCUUACCGGCUACGUUGGCCGUUUGUAUGGUCACGCAAUUGUUGCGCUCCUACGUGGAACGAAGCACGCUUUCGAAACAUCAAAGGAAAUCCGGUUGCGUGCAACUUCGGCAAAUGAUACCUGAACUGAUGGCGUGUAUCGGUAUCACUAUGCAGAAAUAUCCGUAUAUAAGAUUCAGCACGGCUGCUCUUAACCUGCUCAAUUUAAUGAUUCGCUCGCCGUACACGUUGCAUCCGAUCAACGAUAACGACAUCGUCAAGUUGUGGUUGAGUUUGAUUCCACCCGCGGAAAUAGACAACAGCAUGUUGAACUCGUUGUACGAUGACCGCUCGAACGGAAAAUGGCGAUGUCAGGAUUGGUGGCCACUUUACACCCUUGGCCUCGAAUUCCUAACAGGACUUGUCACGAGAGAAACGCCCACCGUUUACAUUAAAUCUAUCGUAAUGUUCCUAAACUCGCACGAGUAUCAGCUGAUGGUUACGUCGACGUUGUUGAGACACACCGCCGAUCUUUUGGCUGCCGACUUGGUGCAAUCACUCGUUGCGCUCAUUCACACUAUGGCGACGCAACCGUACGUUUGGAACUCCAUACAGCCGAACGUUUGCGAGACAUUAAUAAAGUGUAUGUAUUUGGCGUACGACAACACGGUGAACUUACUGUUGCGACCGCGGAUUCUCAAAUUCAUCACCGAUGGUAUAAGCGUGGAAAGCGCCGAAGAGUUGGAAUCGUGCGACAAACGAUUGCCUAGCGCCGAGUUAAAACAUUUGGUGAACAAAUUGAUAGUUAUAAACACGACUUGCGCGCUCAGCUUCGUUCGCUUCUCACCGAGGCUGAACACUCUCGUGGAUACUAUAUAUACGCAAGACUUUUGGUACACUCCGAUGGCCGAAAUGAAUUUCGGCCCUCCUCAGAUGAGCAUGAGCUCGGGUCCUCGUUUAACUUACGGAACGAUAAUAAGCUCGACCCAACUGUUUACGCAAGCCCUUCAUUCGCGAUCACAAUCCGUAAGUUCUUCGUCCGUCUCUUUCGGCAGCCAGUCCGAUAAAAUGGACUCCGCCAAGAGGGAAUGGGAGCACGCGACGCCUGAGGACCGUCGAAUGCAUUCCAGCAAAGAUCUGAGAAGAAUCAUCCACGCUGCUUCUGGUUCGGCCUCGAGAUCAUCGUCCAACGUGGGCGGGGACUUUUUAGGAUACGUGAGCGGUCUCGAUGUAACUGUGCCCCUGUUGAGCAGUCCACGACUCGUCAGAAGACCUUACGAUCCUCUCAUCUGCGAGAACACCAUUCUCUCGAGGGCAACCGCUUUAACAACCGGAAGACACGUAACGAAAGGAGGAGGCGGUACACCCGCCGGAGGCAACGGCAGCCCCGUUGUCGCUAAGUAUCACAAGUUCAGCGAUCCGUGGUUCGAAUCUAUGGACGAGAAUAAUACGCGACUAGCACUCGAAGUUAAUCUCGUUUUAAUAUUGUGUCAAGCUUUGGAGGGUGUCCGAAGUCCACGAAUCGCCCUUCGAGAUCGCCAGCUGAUAGCACGCGAAACGGUCACGGAAUUGGGGGUAUUCUUUGAUUUCCUUGAACAUCGAGGCACACCGGACAACUGGAAGGUCGAAGGAUCAUUGAUUAACGCUGACGCCAGAAGCGUAAGAGCGAUCGAUCAGGCAAUCGAUCCGAGUCAAGCUAUUCUACCCGCGAGAUUAAUGGAGACAGAGGGUCGUAAUCUUGAGGAGAACGUUUUUACUACCGGAAGAUUCACGACCAAUGUCAGUAGUGUGCAGUUUUUGCCCUUGAUGGGAAAGUUGCUAAAAUCAGUCGUGGAGUCUUUAGAUUUAACGCAAUACCGAUAGCGAUAAACUAUAUUCAUUGAGAAUCGACAGAGAAGAAAAUACGAAGAAAGGAAAAAGACGAACCAGGUCGGUAGUGUAUAAAAGAAAUAAUAAUUUCGGCAUUUCGUGUAUGUGAAGCUCAUAAUAAAGUAACAAUUUUUAUUAUAA